UUUCUGUCUUUAAAUGAAAUGCAAGCAAGGAGCUCGCAGUGUAUACAGAACUCAAGGAAAGAACUCUUACCAAGGGAUUGUCUGCCGAUCUACCUGUGUUGUCUCCGCGUUGUAACUUAAGAUGUUAUGACUUUAUUCACAGUGCUUUCUCUGUUUUAUGACAAAUUUUGUCAAUACAAUUAACAUUGAAACGAGUAUUUCAGUUAUGUUGGCUUUAACGCGGAAGCAGCGAUGAAGCCUAGCUUGGAAACAUUAAAUAAAAAGAUCACGUGAGCAUAGAAAAGGUCAUCACCAAGAUUUGGAGUCUCAAUUUAUAAGAAGGCAUAGAAAAAAAAAAAGAUGUUGGCAAUUUUUAAGCAACUGAUGACUUCCUUGAUGGCCAUCUCGGCAUACAGAAUGGUUGCAGCCGCUUUGACAGAUGUGAGACUCUGUUCUGGACCAGGACAAUGUCCUCUUCACUUCGACUGCACACUAACUGCCAGGGGCGGACACUGUGACUGUAUCUCAGGGUACUUUUUAAACGCAGGGGAAUGCAUUAAAGCCAUCGAGCUUGGUCAAACAUGUCGCGACUAUGGCCAGUGUGUCCAGCACGCGGAGUGCGGAGUGGACAGGUCAGGAGUGUGUGAAUGUAAAAGUGGCUAUUACGCAAGCGCAGGCGUAUGCAAGUCAGCAAUCGGUUUAGGGGAGCAAUGUGUCCAGGGAGAGAAGUGUGUCAACAAAGCUGAAUGUGUCGGCAGCAGAUGUGUCUGUGGUCAAGGCUUUCACAAUUACAGAGGUCACUGCACAAAGUCAAGCCUCGCGGGAGAACUCUGCUUCUCAUCUGAAGAGUGCAUCCGCACCACUCAUUGCUCGGCAGAUCACAUCUGUGUCUGUGAUGUCGGUGUCGCCAAUGCGGACGGUUUAUGUGUGUAAGUUGAAUUUAAGGAAUGCAGAAAUUUUGUUUUUGUAAAAUGGUUGCAACUUUGAAAGAUUACAAUAUAUAAUACAAAAAAAAAUACAUUUGUUUAACUUAUUCAUCUAUUGACAAUAUCUGUUUUCACAUAUGAACCAGAGAAUCUGGCAUUGGAUUUACUGAGGAUGGAAUAACGUAUUUUCGCGCAUAUACCCCGCAUACGAGUAUAACCCGCACAAAUUACAAAAUAAGUGGAAAUAAAAUCGUAAAAUUCUUAUAUACCCCGCAUGUGCAAAGCGUUGCCAUCCGUAAAGCUGUCUCAAUUGAUUGGUGGUAUAUAUUAAAGAUUCUCUGCCGCAUCGGUACUAGUUGUUUUCUUAAGUUUAGUAGGAGAUGUCCAUAAAGCUUUCCAAUGUACAUGUCACAACCACACAGUGAACUAAAGAAGGUAUAAAGAACAACUGGUAUGCCCUUAGUUUUGGUUAUACUAUGUUUAUGAGUAAAAUAAAUUAGUAAACCCCAUACCUUUGUAUACCCCAUAAGGCUACCAUUCCUUUGUAAAAACUUGUAUAACUCGCGGGUUAUAUGCGCGGAAAAUACGGUAGUUAAACUAGGCCUCGUUUUGAGAACGACUGUAGAAAAUAUGCAAAUGGGAUAAGAUUGACACACUUGUUGCUACACAUGUGUUAGACAAAACAAGUAUAGAGACAAAUCUAGGUCACGUUAUGGACACACGAAACAAAAGCCAUUUUUUCUCUUACUUUUACCAUUGAAGCCUCCCGCCGCCUCUUAGACCAGAAAAUUUACUUCUGGUUUCUUUGUCCAUCACUUAUUUCAAUAUGGUCCAGAUUGAAUAAUAGGCUUCCGUGAUCAAUCAUGGAUUCCUAUAAAUGUUGUAAAUUUAAGUGUAUUGAAUUUUAGUUAAUUUAAAAAAAAAAUAAUUUUUUUUUAAUUUACAGAUUAGUGAAAAAAUUCAGGCCUUAAAAAAAUAUUAUUACAUAAAAUCUGAUUAUUAAUCAUUUUGCGAUCUCACAUAAAGCAAUGCUGAAGAAUUAGAUUCAUUACGUCUGCCAAUAGUUACAGCUUACAACAGAGUGAAUUCCCCUUGUAUCUCAUUAAAAAAAUUACAUUUUUACUUAGAUACUUUUCAUCAUCCUAAUUGUGAUAUUAUAAUAAUUGUGGCACACUCACUCUUGUACACCCUGUGGUAUUUUAUGUUUU